AUGGCGUCGUCUUCUCUAUCUUCUCUCUCUUCCGUAUGGAACCAACCCCAGUGCGCCCUCCGCAUAAACCUCCCUAAAGGAUAUUCAGUAAUCUCAUUCAGAUUUCUCUCCUCCAAGCCGCCUCAUUAUUCGCCAAUUGCAGCAUCUCUUAACUUCCGCCGCCACCGCCGUGCACUCUGGCGGAGCACCGCUUCAGUAUUCUCAGGACGUUUUUCUCAGUCUCAAUCCCAUUCUUCGAUUUCUAAGGUUUCUGAAACUCCAAGUUUACAUCGUUUCAUGCCCAAAGCUACUGCUACCAUUUCCGAUGCCUGCGUCUCCGACGUCCAGUCAGACCCUGUGUCUGUUCCUGAAGCUCCCUCAAGAGGCCGUAUAUAUCAUGAAACUUAUGGAUGCCAAAUGAAUGUUAAUGAUAUGGAGAUUGUCUUAUCUAUCAUGAAGAAAUCUGGAUAUAGCGAAGUUGUGGACGUCCCUGAAAGUGCAGAAAUCAUAUUUAUAAAUACUUGUGCAAUCAGGGACAAUGCAGAACAAAAAGUUUGGCAGAGACUUAAUUAUUUUUGGUUUCUAAAAAGGCAAUGGAAGAGUAAUGUUGCUAUUGGAAGGUCACAAUCCCUGCACCCUCCAAAAGUUGUUGUCCUGGGGUGUAUGGCUGAGAGGCUAAAGGAUAAAAUAUUAGAUGCAGAUAAGAUGGUUGAUGUUGUUUGUGGGCCCGAUGCCUACAGGGACUUGCCGCGACUUUUAGAAGAGGUAGACUCUGGCCAGAAAGGAAUCAACACUCUUCUUUCGCUUGAAGAAACUUAUGCUGAUAUCAAUCCAGUGCGUAUCUCUAAAAAUUUGAUAAGUGCAUUUGUAUCGGUAAUGAGGGGUUGCAAUAAUAUGUGCUCAUUUUGUAUUGUUCCUUUCACUAGAGGCAGAGAGCGUUCACGUCCCGUAGAAUCAAUUGUUAGAGAGGUGGCAGAGCUUUGGAAGGAAGGAGUGAAAGAGGUAACUCUUCUUGGGCAAAAUGUGAAUAGUUAUAAUGAUACAUCUGGGCUUGAAGAGGUUGAACCUGGAGUCAACUGGAAAUAUAGUGAAGGAUUUUCCAGCUUAGGCAAAGUGAAAAAAAUGGGUUUGCGCUUUGCAGAUCUACUUGACAGACUUGCCUCAGAAUUUCCAGAAAUGCGAUUCAGAUAUACCUCCCCACACCCUAAAGAUUUUCCAGAUGCAUUACUGUAUGUCAUGAGAGACAGAUAUAAUAUCUGCAAAAGCAUCCAUUUGCCUGCACAAUCAGGCAGCAGUACAGUACUCGAAAGGAUGAGGAGAGGAUACACCCGAGAAGCAUAUUUAGAUCUCGUGAAGAAGAUACGUGGUAUAAUUCCUGAUAUGGGCAUAAGCAGUGAUUUCAUAUGUGGUUUCUGCGGAGAAACAGAGGAGGAUCACAAUGAUACGCUGAGUCUCAUUAAGGGUGUAGGCUAUGAUAUGGCAUACAUGUUUGCUUACAGCAUGAGGGAGAAAACCCAUGCCCAUAGAAAUUAUGUUGAUGAUGUUCCUGAUGGCAUAAAACAAAGGAGGUUAGCGGAACUUAUUGAAGCUUUUCGGGAGAGUACAGGUCAGUUCUAUGACUCCAAAAUUGGCACUGUGCAACUUGUAUUAGUUGAGGGGCCCAACAAGAGAGCACCCAACACAGAGCUCAUUGGCAAGAGUGACAGAGGCCAUCGGGUAUCAUUCCCUAAUCUGCCAGUCCCAGAUAGGGUCAACAAUGAUGGGAAGCGGAAUCCAAAGGUUGGCGAUUAUGUGGAAGUUCACAUAUCCAAAUCCACUAGAGCGACUCUCUUUGGAGAACCACUAGCCGUUACUAAAUUGAGCUCAUUUUACAACAACAUGAAUGAAGAUGUUGCCUAUGCUAGCAAAACUUAA